CUCAAACAGAAUGUGAAUAGCUUUUGCUUCUUCACUGGACUACUAGUUGACUCGUGAAGAAGUCCCAUAAAGUAGAAUUCGAUCACCAUGGCUAUGUUUGUGAAGCUCCCUGGUGUUUCUCCAACUACCUUAAUACUCCAUUUCAUAUUGUUGUUAGUUUUAACAUCCAGAACGAAGGCUGUGGUGAAGCUGCCACCAAAUGUUGAAGUUCCUGCAGUGAUGGCUUUCGGCGACUCAAUUGUAGACCCCGGAAACAACAACAAGAUUAAAACACUGGUCAAAUGCAAUUUUCCUCCUUAUGGUAAAGAUUUUGAGGGAGGAAACCCAACUGGUAGAUUCUGCAAUGGAAAAAUUCCAUCAGACUUGCUUGCUGAAGAAUUGGGUAUCAAGGAGCUUUUACCAGCUUAUAAGCAACCAAAUCUCAAACCAAGUGAUCUUCUGACUGGAGUAAGCUUUGCUUCAGGUGCCUCUGGAUAUGAUCCUCUAACGCCAAAAAUAGCGUCAGUGAUAUCAAUGUCCGAUCAACUUGAUAUGUUCAAAGAAUACAUAGGGAAGCUUAAGAACAUUGUUGGAGAGAACAGAACAAACUACAUCAUAGCCAACAGUCUAAUGCUUGUGGUAGCUGGAAGUGAUGACAUUGCCAACACCUAUUUUAUUGCUCGUGUAAGGCAAUUACAUUAUGAUGUUCCUGCUUACACUGACCUCAUGGUCAACUCAGCCUCUCAAUUUGUAAAGGAAUUGUAUAUACUUGGAGCUCGUAGAAUCGGAGUUAUAAGUGCACCUCCGAUUGGGUGUGUGCCAUCACAGAGGACUCUAGCUGGAGGUAUACACAGAGAGUGCUCAGGGAAAUACAAUGAUGCAGCCAAAUUAUUCAACUCCAAACUCUCAAAGGAAUUGGACUCGCUUCACCACAACUCGCCCAAUAGUAGAAUCGUUUACAUUGACAUUUACAACCCUCUACUUGAUAUCAUUGUAAAUUAUCAAAAAUAUGGCUUUAAAGUUGCGGAUAAAGGUUGCUGUGGCACAGGACUACUAGAAGUAUCAAUUUUAUGCAACCCUUUAGGUGAUUCUUGUUCCGAUGCUUCACAAUACGUUUUUUGGGAUAGUUAUCAUCCCACCGAAGUUGUGUAUAGAAAGCUCAUAGACCAAGUCCUGCAAAAAUAUUUGAAUCGGCUUUUCUGAGUCCUGAAGUUUGUCCAUGGCAUGUUAUUUAAUUGAUUAUAAAAUAUCAUUGAAGGAUUGAAGGUUGUUGUAUCAAGUUGUGUGUGUGUGUGUUAUUAUUUAUAUCAAUAAUAAAUGUUAAUGGGUCUCAUUCUCAUA